ACCACCAAAAUGGAUUACUUCCACUCGCCCGAGUUUUCCGCGCUCGUCACGACUCUCAUUGAGAUAAACCAUGUGCCAGGCCUCUCUAUCGCCAUCACGCAAGACAACAAAACCGCCUCUUUGUCCUUUGGCCUCGCUUCCGUGCCCGAUCAGACACCAUGCACCAACGACACCAUCUUCGACAUUGCCUCGUCGGCCAAGUCGCUCACUGCUGGCGCCGUCGCACUCAUGGUAGACGACAAGGCCUUUAAAGACGUCUCCUGGGAGGCCACCAUGUCGAGCAUGCUCCCCGACGACUUUGUCGGCCCCAACGACGACUUCACCAACAACGUCACUCUUGAAGAUGUCGUCUCGCACCGCACCGGCAUGGCAGGCCACGACAACUCCUACCUCGGCCAAACCUCCAAGACCCCCGACACCGCCAAAUCCAUCACCCGCAACCUGCGCAACCUCGCCAUCGCAGCACCCCUCCGCAGCCGCUACCUCUACAACAACAUGCUCUUCACCGCCCUCACGCACCUCAUCGAGACCAAAUCCAACACCUCCUUCGCCAGCUUCCUCCACGACCGCAUCUUCACCCCUCUCGCCAUGACAUCUACUUACCUGCAGCCCCAAGCAGCCCGCGACGCCGGCCGCGCAGCCUCCAUCGCCGCCGGCCACACGUGGGACAAGUCCUCCAGCAGCUACACGACCUUCCAAACCCCCGACUGCCCUGAAGGCCAAGGCGCCGGGUCCAUCAUGACCACGGCCUCCGACUUCAUCCUCUGGGUCAAGGCGCUGCUGCGCAAAGAAGCGCCGCUCAACGACCGCACCGUCGGCGCCCUCACCAAGAUGCGUUCGUUUGUCAACCCGUCUGCGCGGCGCACCAAGCCCUUCUCUUCGCCGCCGUUCUACAUGGCCGGCAUGGAGGUCACAUACUACCGCGGCGCCGCGCAGGUCGGGCACGACGGUAACAUUCCCGGUUUCGCAUCCCGCUUUGCAUUCAUGCCGGACCACGAUUUUGGCGUGGUGGUCAUGGCCAACGCCAACUCUGCUGCGCCUGUAGCCUCCGCGUUGAUUCGCGAACUUGUCGAUCAGAUCCUCAAUGUACCUAUCUCAGAGCGCCCGCGACCGCAGGUGCCCAAGGCAAAGGCGAACAAAAAGCAGCCCAAGAAGGACGUGCCUAUCCGUGUAAAACCCGACGCUGCUACCGCGACUGCUACGACGCCAGAGAAGAAGAAGCGAACACCAAAGAACCCACAGGAGCGCGCACUACAAGACUAUGUCGGUGUAUUCAACAACAGAGGAUACCACAACAUGACGGUCGAGAUCAAAGACGACGAACUGUUUACUGAUGCGACGGAUCGCGGCAUGGGCUUCACGCUCACAUUUGAGCACGUCAAGAAUCAGACAGAGUACAAGGCGCAUCUGUGGGAUGCUCUUGAAGGAGGCGAUGACCUCGUUGAUGCCGAAUUCGUAGUAGAAGACGGCAAGAUUGUCAAAAUGGGCUUGGACUUGGAACCAGCCGUGCGAGACUUGAUAUGGUUUGAUAGAGUGGAAGGGCAGUAAGGCAUACACACGGUUUUAGACAAAAGAAAUGAACAAGAUUCGGAACAGUCACGGGUUAAGAAAAGGACAUUUGUUUAUAUAGAAAAGAAUACUCAUU